AUGAAUGGUCGGCUUGACAACGAAUUUCCGGUGAUAUAUGGUAGAAGGCCGCGCAAAAAGAGGGAUUCAGUCGAUGACUUUAACGACGAUAUUGAGGAUUCGAUUGACGCGAGGGAAAUUUUUGAUUUAAUAAGAGAUAUAAACGAUCCGGAACAUCCGGUUACACUCGAACAACUAAAUGUUGUUGAAGAGGAAUUAAUUAGCAUUGAAAAAGAUAAUGGAAUAUUAGUUGUUGAGGUCGUAAAAUUUACUCCAACGAUUCCACAUUGUUCAUUGGCAACUUUAAUUGGUUUAGCAAUUCGCGUUAAAUUAUUGCGUUCACUUCAUCCAACAGUUAAGGUAAUUGUAAAGAUUACUCCAGGCAAACAUAUUAAUGAGGAUGCAAUAAAUAAACAGUUGGCUGACAAAGAACGAGUCGCAGCUGCAAUUGAAAACCCUAGCUUAUUGCAAGCGAUAAAUCAUAAAUCAAAGAAAAGGGAGAUUGAAAAAUAUAUUCAACGACAAAGGAGUGAUGAAUUUUGUAUUAAGGCUCGGGAACAUUCAUAUCGUGCUCGGAGUGCCUUCAAAUUACUAGAAAUUAACGAAAAAUUUCGUAUUAUUCGUCCAGGUGCUGUGAUAAUUGACGUCGGUGCAGCGCCUGGUUCGUGGUGUCAAGUUUGUGCUGAUGUUGUGCAUUCAUUAAAUGACAAAAACGGUUAUGUUUUAGGAAUCGAUCUUCAGCCAAUGGCUCCAAUCAAAGGCGUCGAUUUGCUCGAAAUGAGAGACAUUACAGUGAGAAAAACCCAUUCUGAAAUAAAGGAACGCUUAAAAGGUCGCUUAGUCGAUGCAGUUAUCAGUGACAUGGCUCCAAAUCCUACUGGUUUCAAUAAAGUCGAUCAUGUUAGGAUUUUCUCGCUUUGCGAACAUUUAUUAUAUCUAUGCGUCGGUGAUUUGCCAGUAAUUCCGCUUGCAGAUGGUGGUUCUUUUGUUUGUAAAAUCUGGGAUGGAAAAGAGCGAAAAAUAGCAGAUAAAUCAGCUGAGGAACGCGAUAUUAAUUCAGCGAACUCAACGGCUGUCGUCAUAAGAGCCAAACGUCAAUGGCCUGGAUUUGGUUGUUGUCCUGUGUGCUGUUUUCCUACCAUUAUGUGUUGCCCACCACCAAUAAUGCCACUGCUUCCACCGCCAAUGCUUCCUCCGAUAAUGCCUCCGAUAAUGCCUCCGAUGUCUUGUUGCAGUUGUUGUAUGCCAGUCUGUAUACCAGUGUGUAUGAGUCAGUGUUUUGGAGGCUGUGGAUUCGGGCGAAGAAAGCGAUCUGCAAUCGUAGCCAAACGAAUAUCGUAUCCACUUCUCAGAUAG